AUGGAUAUAGUGCAGGACGACGACCUGGCACAAUCCUUUGGCUUGGCCAGGAGGAGACAUGCGGAGCUGUGCAGGCAGAACCAGAUGUUCAACGCCAGGAACAGGAUCCUGGGGGGAGAUAAAAAGACCUGGGAUAUUCAGGUGUGUGACCAGAAGAUAAGAGAAGCAACUGAAAAAGCCAGACAUGAGACAUUUGCUGCCGAACUGAGGCACAACGACAAAACCAUGUGCGCCCUGGAGAGCCGGGAGCAGAGGGGGCGGCGGGGCCUCCGCAGGGCGCUGGUGGACUUCCAGCGGGGCUCCCAGCGGCCGGAGACGCGCCGGGAGUUCGACCUGUCGGACCCCCUGGCCCGCAAGGCAGAGCUCCCGGCCCGGCAGCUGGACAGCGACGUGCGGAACACGGUGUCGGGGCUGCAGCGGUUCCUGGGGGAGGAUCUCAGCUGCCAGGAGCGGCGGAGGUUCCAGCAGGAGCAGAACCGAGAGUGGGCCCUGCAGCAGCGGAGGGCGCGGGAGCAGGCCCGGGCCGACCAGAAGCGCGCAGAGGAGCUGUACACGGAGACCCGGCUGCAGUUCGACCAGACGGCCAAGGACUUGCAGAACCAGGAGCUGGCCGCCAGGAAGGCGGUCUGCACCGCCGUGAAGGAGUUCAACAAGAUGCAGGCCUUGGAGUCAGCGGAGAGGAGAAGUCUGGAGAAAAAGCAGGAACAAGAGGCCGACCUGGCCCAGAUCGCCAGCCUGCUGCGCGGGGACCUGCUCUCCGAGGACCCGCAGCAGGCGGCCAGCUCCUUCGGGCCCCACCGCGUGGUCCCCGACCGCUGGAAGGGCAUGAGCCAGGACCAGCUGGGCCACAUCCGCCUGGUGCAGCAGCAGCAGAUGCAGGAGAAGAUGAGGCUCCAGGAGGAAGAGCGCCAGCGGGACGAGGACUGGGACCGGCAGAGGGUGGAGAAGGCCCGCGCCGACCUGCUGUGCGAGCGGCUGCAGCGGCGGCAGCAGCGCCUCCUGCGCAGAGCCCUGGACGGCAGCAACCGCAGCCUGGCCGCCGAGCAGCGCCUGCAGAGGCAGUACAUGAAGGAGGUCUGUACGAACCAGGCCUCGGACGACUUCUUCACCCAGUUCAACACCCGGAGUCGAUGA